AAUGUCAUAGCUUCCAUAAUAAGGAUAGGAAUCUAAACCUCAUUCUAAUUUACCUUAAUCAAAUAUUCCAUAAGGUUAAAACCAGAACUAGUUCAUUCCUCAAUAAGUAGUCCCAACUUAAGUUUUCCCUUAAGGAUAACCAUAAUUUGUGGUUCCUCCUUAAAAUUUAGGAAGAGCACCAAUUAGCGGAAUUCCAGCCCAAUAGCUUCCUUAUUUAUAACAAUAAGGAUUAUAACCAUUACCUUAAUCUUAGAUCAUAGGAUAAAAUGGUGCUCCUUAUUAGACAGGUCCAGUUUAAUUAAGUUCACAUCUAAUGACAGAAUAAGCUAUAAAAGGAGAAUCAAGAAUUGAAUAUGUGCCAUUUGAAAGAGUCAUAACUGAAUAUGAGGAGGUGAGAAGAUAAGUUUAGGUGCCAAUUACACGAUAAAUAACUGAUUAUUACGCAGUUUAAUAUGAAGUUGAAUACAUUCCUUAAGUAAUAUAAGAGAAAUAAAUUGGUAAUAAAUUAUUGAUAAAAUUUAGAAUAUGUACCAGUUGAAAGAAUAUAAGAGAGAACAGAAUAUUACACAGUGUAAAAAUAAAAUAUUUUGCCUGUAAGAAUAUCAAUAAUAAAUUAAAGGCUUAACCAGGUUUAUAAACAUAAACUUUAGCAUAGUCAUAAACAAUUCAAACUUAAAGAGUACAACAACAACAAAUAGUGGUAAGAAUUCAAUAAUUUUCUAUAAGACAUAAUAACCUCAAUAAUAUGUGACAAUAGCAUAGUAGCCCUAAAUUACAACUUAUUAAGCUCCUCAAAUUUAAACAACUACUGUAAUGGCACCACAAACUUAAGUUUAAUAAACAAUGAAAAGCACUUUGAUUUAACCCCCAAUUACUACAACAAUUUAAUCACCACCUUUAAUAUAAAACACUAUAAUGCCAUAAACUCAAUUUGCUUCUACAUAUGUUUAAUAAAAGCCUGCAGUUGCAACAACUUAAAUAUAAUCCAUUCCUCAAACUAUAUAAACUACAAGUGUAGUUCCAUAAACAAUUCAAACCACAACUAUUCAACCAUAAACAACUAGCAUUAUCCCAUAGACAAGAACUUUAAGUAAACCACCAACUACCAUUGUCUAACCUUAAACAUCAAUUCCUUUGGCAACUACCACAGUUCUACCAACUUAAUUACCUCAAUCUGCUGUGCCAUCAUCUCUUUAUAAAGACUAUUAAAGACAACCAGUUCAGGCUAAUUCACUUUAUAGAAAAACUUUACCACCAAUCUAACCUGGAUAAUUAGCACAAACAGCUCCACCUUAAUAAGUAUAAUAUUCAUCAAAAUUAAGAUUCCAACUUAACCUUAAUAACCAUAAAAAUAAUCCAAAGCAGAUAAGGAUAAGACAUUCUUAGAGAGGCUUUUCGAGUGAAG